AUGACUUCCGGUCGUAAUGACCCCUUUGAGAAUCAGGGUUAUGAUAUGCAAGACAUCGCUUCUGCUCGAUCUUAUCACUAUCUUCCCGAACAAAUCGAUGCCAACGAACGUCUCUUGACAAGUGCGCCUGUGUCUGAAUACCCAACACAGUUCGAAACCCCGUCUCACGAUGAAAGAACGAACCACCCCAAAGCGCCGUCUUCUGUUUACAGUUUGACAGAGACGUACGCCCCCAACGCGGCCGGAACGCACAUGCCCGACACAGUUACAAGAAGCCACGAUGGCUACGAACCUUCCAAUCCAUACGAUCGCCACGCUACAUUACAAGGAGGCUUCUCGUCGAACCCAGUAGAGACUAUCGAUGACUGGGUACAGCGGCAGCAACAGUCUGCCCCAGAGGGCAACGGUGUGAAGCGCUCAAGGACUCGCAAAGUGAAGCUCGUGCAGGGAUCAGUUCUCUCUGCGAACUACCCUGUCCCUAGUGCUGUCCAGAAUGCUGUCGAACCUCGCUAUCGCAACGCGGAAGGAAUAGAUGAGGAAGAAUUUACCCAGCUACGCUACACUGCAGCUACCUGCGAUCCAAACGAUUUCACGCUGGCAAACGGAUACAAUCUGCGUGCACGAAUGUACAAUCGCCAUACCGAGCUUCUGAUUGCCAUUACCUACUACAACGAAGACAAGACGCUUCUCGCACGGACGCUGCACGGCACAAUGAAGAACAUCAGAGAUAUCGUUAACUUGAAGAAAUCACAAUUCUGGGAUAAAGGUGGGCCUGCAUGGCAGAAGAUCGUGGUGUGUCUUGUCUUCGAUGGUAUCGACAAUGUUGAUAUGAGUGUCUUCGACGUUCUCGCCACAGUUGGCAUCUACCAAGAUGGAAUUCUUAAGAAAGACGUCAAUGGCAAAGAGACAGUCGCACACAUCUUCGAGUACACCAGCCAGAUCUCGGUUACGCCGGAGCAUCAGCUCGUCCGACCCGGUGCUGGCAAGGGGUCCGACAACUUGCCGCCAGUACAGUUCGUCUUUUGUCUCAAACAGAAGAACAGCAAAAAGAUCAACUCACAUCGCUGGCUCUUCAAUGCAUUCGGCAGGAUCCUGAAUCCAGAAGUUGCGAUCCUCAUCGAUGCUGGUACUAAACCAGGCCCUCGCUCGCUAUUGUCAUUAUGGGAAGCCUUCUACAAUGAUAAAGACCUGGGAGGUGCCUGCGGCGAGAUCCACGCAAUGCUGGGCAAGGGCGGCCGAGCUCUUCUGAACCCACUGGUCGCCGUGCAGAACUUCGAGUAUAAGAUCUCGAACGUCCUAGACAAACCUCUUGAAAGUGCUUUUGGCUAUGUGAGUGUGCUUCCUGGAGCGUUCUCCGCAUAUCGAUUUCGUGCAAUCAUGGGAAGACCCCUCGAACAAUACUUCCAUGGUGAUCAUACACUGUCAAAGGGACUUGGUAAGAAGGGUAUUGACGGGAUGAACAUUUUCAAGAAAAACAUGUUCCUUGCAGAGGAUCGCAUACUGUGUUUUGAGCUCGUGGCUAAGGCAGGGUCAAAGUGGCACCUGUCGUAUGUCAAAGCUUCGAAGGGUGAAACUGAUGUGCCUGAAGGCGCAGCAGAAUUUAUUGGUCAACGUCGGCGGUGGCUGAACGGAUCAUUCGCUGCGUCGCUCUACUCCAUCAUGCAUUUCGGACGUCUCUAUUCCUCAGGCCAUGGUAUCAUCCGGCUCUUCUUCCUGCAUAUCCAGCUCCUGUACAACUUCGCUCAGGUACUGUUUACCUGGUUCUCGUUGGCAUCAUACUAUCUGACCACGGUUGUUAUCAUGACCCUGGUCGGCACGCCUCAAAAAGAAGCAGACUACCAUGGCUGGCCCUUCGGUGACAAAGUCACACCCGUCUUCAACGUAGUAAUUGGCUAUAUUUACGUUGCCUUCUUGAUACUGCAAUUCAUUCUCGCACUCGGUAAUCGCCCCAAAGGAUCCAAGAAGACCUACAAGGCCUCUUUCGUCGUCUUCGGCGCCAUCCAGCUUUACAUCCUGGUCCUCACGAUCUACCUUGUCUACCGCGCUUUCAGCACGAAGCCUAUCGAGGACCAGAUCUCGCUUGCUUCCGGCAAAGAGUUCUUCGACAGCUUCUUCGGCGGCAAGACUGGAGUUGCUGGUCUGAUUCUUAUCGCGCUCAUCACGAUCUACGGCCUCAACUUUGCCGCUUCGUUCUUGUACCUCGACCCUUGGCACAUGUUCCAUUCUUUCCCGCAGUACCUGGUUCUUAUGAGCACGUACAUCAACAUUCUGAUGGUGUAUGCGUUCAACAACUGGCAUGAUGUGAGUUGGGGUACCAAGGGAUCUGAUGUCGCUGAAAGCUUGCCUUCGGCGCAAAUUGUAGCUGGUGAGAAGGAGGCUACUGUUGAGGAGAUCGAGCAAGAGCAAGAAGAUAUUGAUAGCAAGUUUGAGAAGGUGGUGAGACGAGCCCUGACACCGAUCCUGGCAGAUGAUGGAAAGCCGGAGACGAAGGAUACAGAAGAUUCGUACAAGAGUUUCAGGACUGGAUUGACGUACUCGUGGCUGUUGUCGAACAUCGUCCUGAUUUUGGUGGUGACGACCGAUGACUUUAGUAUGGUGGGACUGGGGAAUGCAGACAAGACCCGUACACCAAUGUACUUCAGGAUCUUGCUGUACGCGACUGCAGUCCUGUCGUUGAUCCGCUUCUUCGGCUUCCUGUGGUUCCUGUGCGGAACAAGCAUCAGGUUUUGUCUGGCGAAGCGGUGA